GCUCCACGCGCAUCUCCUCCACACCAGUCCACGUGCGCCAGCCUAUCGCGUCACCGUCGCUGAGCUCCAAGAUCCAUCCAUGGCGGACGCCAUGACGCUCUCCUACCUGCCCCUCUCGCUUGCCACGGUCCUCUUCGUCCUCGUCCUGCUCGGGAACCUCAGGAAGCGCCGGCGUGAGCGCGGACUCCGGCUGCCGCCGAGCCCGCCGUCCCUGCCGGUCAUCGGCCACCUGCACCUCUUCAAGAAGCCGCUCCACCGCGCGCUGGCCAACAUCGCCGCGGCGCACGGGCCGGUGCUGCUCCUCCGCUUCGGCUCUCGCCGCGUGCUCCACGUCGCCGACCCGGCCGCCAACGAGGAGUGCUUCACAGCGCACGACGUGGUCUUCGCCAACCGGCCCCGGCUCCCCUCCGCGCGCCACCUCUCCAACGGCUACACCACGCUGGGGUCCUCCAGCUACGGCCCCAACUGGCGCAACCUCCGCCGCAUCGCCACCGUCGAGGUGCUCUCCGCGGGCAGCCUCCUCCGCUCCGCGGCCGUCCGCGGCGACGAGGUGCGCCUCGCUGCACGCCGCCUCUUCCUCGAGGCCGCCGCCGCCGGGGCGUCGGAGCCGAGGCCCGCGCGCGCCGACGUGAAGGCGCGGGCGUUCGAGCUGGCGCUGAACGUGGUGGCGCGGAUGAUCGCCGGGAAGCGGUACUACGGCGGCGAGGGAGACGUGCCGGAGUCUGAGGCGGAGGAGGCCGCCAGGUUCCGGGAGAUGGUGCGCGAGUACUUCGCGAUGCAUGGCGCGUCCAACCUGCAGGACUUCCUGCCUGUGCUCGGCGUGCUGGACAUCGGCGGCGCCAGGAGGCGGGCGGUGCGGCUGGCUCGGAAGCGCAACGAGUGGGCGCAGCGGCUCAUCGACGAGCACCGCGCCGCCUUCGACGAUGGCGAGGGGAAGAGCCGCCGCGGCAGGACGAUGGUCGGCGACCUGCUGGAGAUGCAGGCGGCCGAUCCGGAGGCGUACAGCGACAAGGUCAUCAGAGCGCUCUGCCUGAGCAUCCUUCAGACUGGCACCGACACCUCGUCGAGCACCAUCGAAUGGAGCAUGGCGGAGCUGCUCAACCACCCGGACGCCAUGGCGAAGGCGAGGGUGGAGCUCGACGAGGUCGUCGGCACGGGGCGCCUCCUGGAGGAAGCCGACCUUUCCAGCCUGCCCUACCUCCAGUGCAUCAUCAAGGAGACCCUCCGGCUGCACCCAAUCGCCCCGCUCCUCGCCCCACACGAGUCCUCCGCCGCCUGCUCCGUCGCAGGCUACGACAUCCCAGCGGGAACCAUGCUCCUUGUCAACGUGCACAUGAUGCACAGGGAUGCGCUCAUGUGGGAUGAGCCGACAAGGUUCUCGCCAGAGAGGUUUGAAGGCGGUAGGGGCGAGGGGAAGUGGAUGCUGCCAUUCGGAAUGGGGAGGAGAGGGUGCCCCGGCGAGGCGCUAGGCAUGAACAUGGCCGGGCUCGCUCUGGGCACGCUGGUGCAGUGCUUUGAGUGGAGGAGGGUCGGCGAGGAGGAGGUUGACAUGGCUGAAGGGUCAGGGCUGACCAUGCCCAUGGCUGUACCUUUGGAGGCUUUGUACUGGCCUCGUGCAGAGAUGACACCGGUGCUAAGGGCACUCUAGGAAAGGAACACGGGCUGUUCAUUUCUGAGAGAAUUCACUGAUAAAGGCGCGAUUUCGGGAGGCAGGAGAAUCAGGAAGUUACCUUUGGUAUCGUCAACUGCUCUUAAUAAUCACAAGCAGACUAUGUAGAAUGUAUACUCCAGCACGAGUGGUUCUUAGUUCAUACCAGAUCACAAGCUGAUUAUGUA